ACCAUGCUGCGCCAGUGUGCCCUACGGGUGCUGUCGCGCACCCGGGCGGCCCCCGGCUGUCGUCGCUACGGUUCGUGCUCGCCGAGCGCCCGUAGCGACACUGGAGAAGCGCGGGCCUACUUCACCACGCCCAUUUUCUACGUGAACGCGGCGCCGCACAUCGGGCACCUGUACUCGGCGCUGCUGGCAGACGCUCUGUGCCGCCACCGUCGUCUCCGCGUUCCCGGCUCUGCGUCCACGCGGUUCUCCACCGGCACCGACGAGCACGGUCUAAAGAUCCAGCAGGCGGCAGCCUCCGCGGGUCUGUCCCCAGUCGAGCUGUGCGAUCGAGUGUCUGCCCAGUUCCAGCAGCUUUUCCAGGAGGCUGGCAUCUCCUCCACUGACUUUAUCCGCACCACGGAGGCCCGGCACCGGCUGGCCGUGCAGCACUUCUGGGAGGUACUGGAAGCCCGGGGUCUGCUUUACAAGGGGCUUUAUGAAGGAUGGUAUUGCGCCUCCGACGAGUGCUUCCUGCCUGAGGCCAAGGUCACUCGGCAGUUGGGACCGUCAGGGGAUCCGUGUCCCGUGUCUCUCGAGAGUGGACAUCCUGUCUCCUGGACCAAGGAAGAAAAUUACAUUUUCAGACUUUCCCAGUUUCGAGAACCACUCCAGCGGUGGCUUCGAAGUAACCCUCAGGCGAUCACCCCGCAGCCGUUCUACCAGACAGUUCUUCAGUGGCUGGAGGAGGAGCUGCCGGAUUUGUCUGUUUCUCGAAGGAGUAGCCACCUGCACUGGGGCAUUCCGGUUCCCGGGGAUGAUUCGCAGACUAUCUACGUGUGGCUGGAUGCCCUGGUCAACUACCUCACUGUAGUUGGCUAUCCAGAUGCAGAUUUCAAGUCUUGGUGGCCAGCCACAUCUCAUAUCAUAGGUAAGGACAUUCUCAAAUUUCAUGCCAUUUAUUGGCCUGCCCUUCUCUUGGGGGCCGGACUGAGGCCACCACAUCGCAUCUAUGUCCACUCACACUGGACGGUGAGUGGCCAAAAGAUGUCCAAGAGUUUGGGUAACGUGGUGAAUCCCAUGACUUGCCUUGAUCGCUAUACUGUGGACGGCUUUCGCUACUUUCUCCUUCGGCAGGGAGUUCCCAACUGGGACUGCGACUACUAUGAUGAAAAAGUGGUAAAAUUGCUGGAUUCCGAGCUGGCAGAUGCUUUAGGAGGUCUUUUAAACCGUUGCACUGCCCACAGAAUAAAUCCUUCUGGGACCUACCCAUCUUUCUGCACUGCCUGUUUCCCCAGUGAGCCAGGGUUAACAGGGCCAUCGGUUCGUGUGCAGGCCGAAGACUACGCGCUUCUAAGUGCGGUGGCCACUUUGCCCAAGCAGGUAGCGGACUAUUAUGAUGACUUUCAGAUCUAUAAGGCUCUGGAGGCAGUAUCCAGCUGUGUUCGUCAAACUAAUGGUUUCGUCCAAAGGCAUGCACCAUGGAAAUUGACCUGGGAAAACCCCGCGGACGCCCCCUGGCUGGGUACUGUGCUUCAUGUGGCCUUAGAGUGUUUGCGAGUUUUUGGGACCUUGCUUCAGCCUGUUACUCCCAACUUAGCCGAUAAACUGCUGUCAAGACUAGGGGUCUCUGCCACAGAGAGAGGCCUUAGAGAGCUCCACUUCCUACCUCGCUUCUAUGGACACCCAUGCCCCUUUGAAGGGAGAAAGCUGGGACCUGACACUGGGCUUUUAUUCCCAAGACUGGACCAAUCCAGGACUUGGGUAGUGAAAGCCCACAGGACCUAGAAACAGUCCUUACUGGCUGAUGGUAAAAGAGCAGAUGUAUUCUUUUUGCAUUUUCAGACAGUUGUGUUUAGAAAGUGUUGUACAAGAUGAGUACUUAACCAGCACAUGUCCUGAAGAGCCAUUCAGGUACCAGGUACCUAACCCCCCUUUUCAUUUCUCUGUGCCAUGCCACUAACCACUGUUCUUUGUUGGCUAGUGUCUGAGAAGGGUGCCUGAGGAAGGGACCA